AUGGUGUGCCAGAAAUGUGGCCUGCUCAACUGGCCACUCGAAGACAUCCUCUGCUACGAAUGUGGCAUGCAGCUAAACGUCAGACAGACAGCUAAGAAGAAGAUCAAACAGGGCAUCAAGCCCAAGAAACCUGAUUCCAAUCAGGCAGAAAACGAAAAAUCGUUUGAACAAACGUCACACUCGCACAAGACGCUCUCUCGAGGGUCGCAGCCGACACAAUAUGAAUGCAAGGAGAUCGCCGCGGCAUAUGCUCUGCCUGGCCACUAUGAUCUAAGCCGAGCUCCUACGGAGACGUUUUUCUCGUCCUCUGCCUGCAAGAACUUUCUCUCCGACAAUAGGAACUUCGGGCCUGCUGCUGCGCAGAGAACAGAUGCCACUACUCACGCCCGAGGAGAUUCAUCAGCAUAUACCGGUCUUUCAGCACUCUUUUCCAGCUCGACAUUCACAGAUGGAAACGUGUUGGACUGCGGCAGGCAGAUACAGACUGCGAACCGUCUCUCGCAAAACGAGCAAGUCUCACAGAACCAGGGACAGCCAUCUUCGCCUGUCAUUCCUCAACAAGUUUCCAGGGAUAGUUGA